CCAGUGUGUCGACAAAGUCGUAGCAAUCAACAUCGUCAGUUAUUCAACAUUUUUCACUUUCAAUCAUUCAUUGAAGGUUCAUGUAUUAUCAUUGGACGCAUUGGCACUUGAAGCUCUCCAACGGCGGUCAGGGUGUCAUCAGAGAUUCGUUGAUAAUUACCGGAUAAAGAGUAUUAUGGAUUUGCAACAGCAGAUUGCAGAGUUGAGAGAGAAAUUCUUCAAGAAACUCGAGGAUGAAACGCCGUCAGAUGAGCGAGGCUUUCAUCCAGAUGAUUUGACGAGAAUCAGAACGAGAGACGAGUACCUGAAGAGAUGGCUGGAACACACGGACUUCAAUGUUCAAGAAUCCGUCAAUAUGCUUUGGUCCACCUGCGAGUGGAGACGGAAAGUCGGGGCCAAUGAAAUCACAGAGGACAGCGUCAAUCGUGAAUAUCUGCAGGAUGGAGUGGUUUUCGGGUACGGGAAAGAUAGAGAUGGCAGGGGAAUGUUUGUCAUCAAGUCUAAACUGCAUGUAAAAGGAGUUAGAGAUUUCGGGGAGCUACAGAAGUGCAUUAUCUAUUGGUUCGAACGACUAGAAAGAGAAGGCAAUGAGCAAAUCACCCUCUUCUUCGACAUGUGCGAGGCUGGGCUUUCAAAUAUGGACAUGGAGUUCACGAAAUACCUCAUAACACUAUUUAAAUACUACUACCCAAAUUACCUGAACAACAUAAUUCUACUCGAGAUGCCGUGGGUACUAAAUGCAGCACUCAAAAUUAUAAAAUCGUGGCUUCCAGCGAAAGCAACUCCAAAAAUAAAACAGGUGAACAAGAGUGGGCUCAAGGAAUUUGUUGAUCCGAGUGUUGCACUGGUGUGCUGGGGUGGAGAGAAUGAUUACAAAUUCACCUUCGUACCGGAAAUCCGCAAUGGUGUUAAUUCGGUGAAUGGCAAAUUGGAUAAUAAAAAAGUGCAUUUUGCUGAGGCGUCGCCGUUGAGUGAACAACCAUCCUCUGGUUUUGGAGAUCAAUCGACCGAGGACUCAAUGAUUGCAAUUACUCCAGAUGUGCUGUCAUUCAAUAAAGAGGGGCAAGAGAUCGUCGGUACAAUUGCUGUUAAAAAUCAAACCGCUGAUAAAUGUAUUUCGUAUAAGUUAAAAACAACAGCACCGGAGAAAUUCCGUGUACGCAGGAGUAACGGUGUAUUAUUGCCGGCGCAGCAAGUGACCAUGACGAUAUCAUUGCAGCCUGGCUUCAAUUUACGUUCUUUAUUGCACAAUGAUAAAUUUUUGAUCAUGUGUCUGCCGAUGGAAGAUGCCAAGAUGACAGCUGAAGAAUUGGUGGAUUUUUGGAAGACGAAUGAGAAAUCAGCAGAGCAGCACAGGGUAUGGUGUCGUGAUGGAACGGGUGAAACGACUUCUAUUCUCUCUCCAGGGUCAUCAGGAAGUGAGAGAACUAUGGACCAGCUGCACACAAAGCUGUCCCAUCUCGAGGAGUGUCACGGCAAGCUGCACAAAGAGCUGAGAACUCUGAAGCACGUGAUGAUAAUAUCAAUAAUCUGGACAGUGGUAGCGGCAAUCGCCAUUGUUUACAUUCUGCGUUUGGACAUCGGGCAAAUAAUCACCGGUGAUCAAAGCUGUCAUCUCCAUCGAGAGUAGUACGAGGACUGCGAUUGCUAGUCCCCCAAUACCUCAGACUCAUUCAAACCCGGUGGAAAGCAAAAUAAUUCCACGAUUACCGAAGAAUUCUUCAACAACUGAUAAACACCAAACGGUUCAGCUAAACAAUUUUACAGCGCCGUGCAAAUAAUAUUCCAGAACAAUUGUCAUUUUUCACAAAGUUUCUCUUUUGUUCGAUGGACAAGUCUCUCUCACUCCACAAGACAACAAUAUGCAGCAAUGAAAUUCCUCAGACAAAAGAAGAGAAGAAGAAUUUGGAGAAAAAAUUCAAACAAUCAUGAGGAAUAUUUUUGUAUGCCUUUAUAUACACUUGUGUGUCUGUGAUGUGAACAUAGAAACCUCCAAUGCCGCCUGCGAACGAGUGAUUAUCCAAGCGGACAAUUACUCCCUAUUCUUUCGCCUAUUAUACAAAAUGAAUAUCUAAUGAACUGUUAUUCGAGCUAAGAAAUUAUUAUAUAUUUUAUAAUCAACGAUAUGAUACAGAUUGAUAAUUAUUAAGGUAAAAAGGCUGCUUACUCAAUGGAAGAGCAAAUGAAACCCGUAACUUUGUAAUUUAUAUAAAAAAGCUUAGAAUAAAAUUUGCAGAAGGAA